AUGAAUGGUAAUAAUUCUGAUGAUGAACUCUCUAUUAAGAGUGCAUUUUUCAAUGAAGGUUCUGUGCCUAGUUUUUUAGAACUUUUAGACUCAACAUCUAUCAAUCAAUUGGCUAAUAGAUAUUUUGCUAGUAAAAUACUUAAAGAAAGGGCAGAUUUAGAUGACUGGAAACAAAAAUCUAAAAAUAGUUUCAAAACUAUAGAUUUGAUCUUACAAAAGGCCUUUUUCAAAGAAACUACUAAAAUUGAAAAAAUAUUUUAUCCUUUCACUUUAAUUAAUAUAUUCUUUAUUGGAUUUAUAAUGGGUAAAUUUCCUGAAUGGUUUCAUGUUUAUUAUACCUGUUUAUUGUUAUUAUUGAUGCCAAUAAGAUUUUAUACAUAUUAUAAAACCAAUAAUCAUUAUUAUUUGGCAGAUUUAUGUUAUUUUGUUAAUGCACUUUGUUUGGUAUACAUUUGGAUUUGGCCUAAUUCAGUUAACCUUUAUCAAUCUUGCUUUGCUUUCGCUUUUGGUUCUUUAAGUUUUGCAGUAAUUACAUGGAGGAACUCUUUUGUUAUUCAUUCGAUUGAUAAGAUCACUUCAUGCUUUAUUCACAUGAUGCCACCUUGUACAUUUUACAUUAUCCAUCAUGGUUUAACGAGAGAACUCCAACAAGAAAGGUUCCCAGCUGUUAUAAAAUCUUUAAAACAUGAUUCUGAACAUUGGGAUUUCAAAUAUAACAUUUUAUGGACAUCGUUCUACUAUUUAAUAUGGCAGUCUUUAUAUCACUAUUUUAUCACAUUAAAGAAAUCAGCGAAGAUAAAGUCAGGAUUAAGAACAACCAGUUUUACUUAUUUAACUUCUCAUAAUUUUAAAAAUGUUUGGUUAGCAAAACUGCCUGCUCCUUACCCUAUGAUUGCGUAUACUUUAUUACAAUACUGCUAUCAAUUGACGACAAUGUCAUUAUGUGGUAUAUGGUUCCAUUAUAAAUUCUUAGCAGCAUCCUUCUUAUGUUUUAUAUUCCUAUGUGCCAGUUACAAUGGUGCUAAAUAUUACAUCGAUUACUAUGGGAAGAAAUUUGAGAAGGAAUUAAAGGCAGUCAAAAUGCAAGUAGAAAAUUUACAACAGGAAAAUGCUCAGUUAAAUUCUAAAUUGAACAAUGAGUAUAAAAUAAAUGGGUCGGAUAAUUCAAGUGAAUUAAGUGAAUAA